UGAAAUAUAUUAAACUGCCUUGAUACUCUCCUUCUGGGGAUAGGAGCCACAUCUAGUGCUCAGAUUACAAACUCAAUUUGAAAGUAUAAGUAUUUUUUUCCCCUCUUUAAUCAAACCACGUGGUGCCAGGUUUACUGUGAGUUUAGUGUAAGUGUUCAAGGCCUUUCCUGAGCUGCAUUGAGCAGCUGAUUAGGGCUGUGAAAUGAAAUGAAGGGGAGGGACUGAACUCUGCAGGAAGCUUGACGGCAGAGUCUCGUUUCAGUGAAGUCACUUGUGUCUGUUGUGUGUGAAACCUACUUCUGAGUUGCACGGCAAGCUGAGGAACCGAUAAGAAAUCACCGCUGAGCUGUGACCACCACAUCGCCCCGCAACGAGAGGAGGCAGAGGACGUCCUGGAGGAGGUCAAAGAUUUUUUAGAAGUUUUUUUUUUUUUUUUUUUUUUUCUAAAGUUAAGGCGAACACUUUUCUUUCUUCUAAUUUUGGAGAUGUUUCUCACGUUAUCAGGAGCAAAUAUAUCCCCUGCUCUUCACUGGAAAUACAGGCGCUGAGGAGAGUCGUUUUAUUUCGUUUUAAAGUGCGCUGGGACAUGAAAAUGAAUAAUCAAUCAAUGACAGGGAAGACCAUGAUUCCGACCAUUCCCUCUAUCAUGUUCAUUUUCGGGGUGGUUGGAAAUGUCAUCGCCAUUGUGGUUCUUUGUAAAACUCGCAAAGAACAGAAAGAAACCACGUUUUACACCCUGGUGUGUGGACUGGCUGUCACGGACCUCCUGGGCACACUGCUGGCCAGUCCGGUCACCAUCGCCACUUAUGUGAAGGGCGCGUGGCCCGGAGAGGACCCGCUGUGCCAAUACUUUGGAUUCACUUUGCUUUUCUUCUCUCUGUCUGGGCUCAGUAUCAUCUGUGCCAUGUCGGUGGAGAGAUACAUCGCUAUAAACCAUGCCUACUUCUACAAUGACUAUGUGGACCAGAAGUUGGCCGGGUUGACUCUAAUUGCGAUCUACAUAUCUAAUGCGUUUUUCUGCGCCCUGCCGGUUAUGGGAUUCGGACAAGUGAGGAAACAAUACCCGCAAACGUGGUGCUUUUUGGAGUGGAGGAGCAACAGGACCAGCGAUGCCGCGUACUCCUACAUGUAUGCGGGGUUUAGCUCUGUUCUCAUUCUCGCCACUGUUAUCUGCAACGUGCUGGUGUGUGUAGCUCUGAUCCGGAUGCACCGCCGUUUCGUGCGCAGGAUGUCUCUGGGAACCGAUCUGGGGCGCAGCGUGGACCCGCGGAGGAGAGGACGCAGCUUCGGUCGCCUGGCCGGUGCGGAAAUUCAGAUGGUCAUUCUGCUCAUUGGCACAUCGGUGGUGGUGCUAAUCUGCUCCAUCCCACUUGUGGCUCAGGUGUUUUUGAACCAGCUUUAUAAAACUCCUGUGGAACUGCGGCUGGACAAAAACCCAGACCUUCGAUCGAUUCGUUUUGCCUCCUUCAAUCCUAUUCUUGACCCCUGGAUCUACAUCCUGCUCCGAAAGGCCGUCUUCCUCAAGGUCAUUGAGAAAAUCAAGUGCCUGUUUUGUAAAAUGGGAGCAAGGAGGCAACAGAGACAGGGGAACUUCCACUGCAUAGAUGGUCAUCAGCUCUCCUCGGUCAUCUCGAACCGGGACUCUCAAUCCUUGGUGUCUCAUGAUUUGAGAGAUGUCACCAGUACCUCCCAGACGUUUCUCUACCUGCCAGAGGGUAGUGAAAUGUACACUGGAGACUGCCAAAGGGCAGGCAGACACUCUCGUUCACAACCUUCUUCGGUCAGAAAUUCGCAGAUUUCUUGUGCGUCUGAGAAGGGCAGCAUUGAUGCUCAGACCAGAGAAGGGACAAACAUUCUCACAGAUAAUUCACGCUUGACCUGCCCUAAAGAUCAAGCUCUUCAGGUGACAUUAAGCAGUGAGGCAGUGGAAGAGAAAUGUAUCUGACUAAACUCUAAAUCAGGAGAAAGAUCUCUGAUUGCUCUGAGGUAGAAUGUGUACCAGAGGACUUCCCCACUGAAGAAAAACCUCUGAAAACAUGGAGGUAGGCACAUAAAAAUAAUAAAUGACUCUCACUCAUGAAGUCGGGCACAUACAGAAAGAGAGAAGUACUGUGAGCUUCAUCGUAAAGUUCUCUGUCUCAGCACCCAGCUACCUCAGCCAUGACUGUCUCUGACUGUGUCAGCAAGACAGAUGUUAUUCGGAAAUAUGAGAUGGAAAUCAAAUCCUGCAUAAUUUCACUUUUGUUCAGUCACUGUGGAAACCUUUUACUACUAUAAAGUAGAUGGCGGUAACUUGGAGUAAAUCAGUCAAAAGCUUGUGGUCACUUUGUUCAAUGAAAACAGUACUUAAUGUGAUUCGUGUGCGUAGUCACUUGCAUUUGUGCUGCCAUUGCAAGCAUCUAUUCCAUAACAAACUCUGUUGUGCGGUGCUUUUUGAAUGGCAUACCGUGUCAGUUCUAUGACACCAGUGUUUUUUUUCCCCCCUCUGCCCUGGAAUUCACAGAAAAAAAGAUAAUGUUUUAUUAUUCAUUAUUAAAAACAUAGCUCAGUUUGCCAUCAGACAUUGAGGGUACAAGGAUUCCAGUGCCAUAGUGAAUAUAAUUUCCCCUGCUACCGAAAAUGUGUUGUAAAUGAGUGGGCAUAUGUUGAUUAAUGUGCAGUAUUAAGCCGUCAGCUUGAGAACAGUUAUGUUCCAAAUGAUCACUGCUGUGUUAAAUCGUUUUUUUUUGUAAUAAAAUUAUUCUUCUCUAUGAGAAGGUUCUAAUUAAUCAGUCUCAGCUAGAGGAGUUCAGUCCAAAAUAAGUAUUAGUGUGCAGGUAUUAAUCACAUGAGUCGUAUAGCUUGGUCAGUAUUGAUGCUUGUUAUGAUGUUCCAGGAUUAGGAUUUAAUGUAUGAGUUAGGGGUGCAUCUAACUAUUAUUUCCAUUGGUGAUCAUCCAAAUGUGUAAUUUUGUGAAAACCCAGAUGACGUCUUGAAUUCUUUUAAUUUUUUUCUUAUUUUUUUUUUUUUUUUUAAUUUUCCCUAGAGGUAUUUAGUUUACAUUGGAACAAAGAAAAUUACUCAGAUUUAAGAAGCUGGUCAUCGUUUGGCAUUAGAUAUUCAAAAAAAAAAAAAAAAUCCAAAGAAAAUACGUUCAGUGUAGUAAGUAGAAAAACAUCCCAGUUUCCAUCAUUUAAGCAUGUUUAAAUGUAAAUAUUCACAUUUGGAAAAGGAAAAGGAAAAAAAAAAGAAUGAUUUAUUUUGUCUGUAUUAUCCAGAAUGGAUCCUCAGAACAGUUCUUGAGGUCCUGUCCUCUGCUGCAUUGUUUUCGUUGGUGGAGUUCCGUUAGUGCUUUGUGUCAGCCGACACGUUAUCUUACCACUAUAAUGUCUAAGGUUCUGAACUUUUGCACUCCGAUUUAUUUGGGGUUUUUCCACUUCUGUGAGCUGCUCGUCUGCAUCACAGUCUGCGCCCUUUCCCCUGGAAUCAAACGGACUCAGAUGGUUGCUUAAAUUGAUUGUUCAGAAUGACAUUUGAAUUUUAUUUUAUUUGAGUACACACAGGUGGCGUAAUAAACAAGCUCUUUUAAUUUAUUUUAAAUCUUUGAAUGAUGCACUUUAUUUUGUAUGUGGUCCAUGUUGUAAUGUAGAAUUCAAUUUGUGGACAUAUAGCUGAGCAUAGUGUUUGUUUUGUUUUGUUUUUUUUUGUUUUUUUUUGGUCUGGUGUCAUUUUUCAUAUCUGUAAACUGAGCAGCAAUGAUUCAGUCGGCUGUAAAUGAUUAACCAUGCUACUGUUUCAUGGCAAACAGUGCCUUUGACGUGUUGUCAUUUCUUGUCACCAUAAAGUGGAACUUCAUAACACGA